AUGACGCAGCAGCAGCAGCAGCAGGAGGCUGCUAUGUCUUUGGAGGACACACUCGUUAUGAGCCCAGAGGACAGCAGUGUUCUGGUUCUCAAUGCCUCCACAGGGGAGCAGCACCAAUACAACAUCUGGUUCCCGGGUAUCGGGAUCGCUGCUGUCUACGGGAUCAUCAUUAUCGUGGGUCUAUUGGGGAAUGUCACGUUAAUGAGGACGUGUCUAACGGUGAAGUCCAUGAGGACGGUGCCCAACUUGUUCCUGUCCAGUCUGGCUCUGGGGGACGUGCUGCUGCUGCUGACCUGCGCCCCGGUGGACGCCAGCCGCUACCUGGUGGACGAGUGGCUCUUCGGCCGCGUUGGAUGCAAACUGAUCCCGUUCAUCCAGCUCACCUCUGUGGGAGUCUCGGUGUUCACCCUCACUGCUCUCUCCGCUGACCGGUACAAAGCAAUAGUCAGACCUCUGGACAUCCACAGGUCCAGCGCUGCAGUCAGUAUCUGUUUUCGAGUGGGGGCCAUCUGGCUGCUCUCUGUGACUCUGGCCAUUCCUGAGGCCGUCUUCUCCGACCUGCACACCUUCACCACCAGCCACACCAAUGAGACAUUUGUGACCUGUGCGCCCUACCCCCAUGCCAGGGAGCUGCACCCAAAAAUCCACUCCACAGCCUCCUUCCUCAUCUUCUACAUCAUCCCGCUCUUCAUCAUAUCGGUUUACUACUGCUUCAUUGCUCACAGUCUGGUCAGGAGCUCUGUGGACAUCCCUGCUGAAGGGCACCUGCACCUCCAGAAACAGAUCAAGUCCAGAAAGCGUCUGGCCAAAACUGUGCUGGUGUUUGUCGGCUUGUUUGCCGUCUGCUGGCUACCCAGUCAUGUCAUCUACCUGUACCGCUCCUACCACUACGACCAGGUGGACACCUCGCUGGGCCACUUCAUUGCCAGCAUAUGCGCUCGCAUUUUGGCCUUCACCAACUCCUGUGUAAACCCAUUCGCCCUCUACCUGAUGAGCAAAAGCUUUAGGAAACACUUCAACAAGCAGCUCCUGUGCUUAGGACUGGAGACAUUCACACCUGGCCAGGUGAGGAGACAACUGGAGAGGGUUCACCAGCGCAAGGCUGCCGGCUCCGACGGCAUCAGCCCCAGGGUCCUGAAGACCUGCGCCAAUCAGCUGUCUGUUGUUCUCCAGCAUCUCUUCAACAAGUCUGAGCCUGCAGAGGGUGAGAAGCUGCAGCUGAUGGGUGUUGGUGCGUCUACAGUCUCCUGGAUCACUGACUACCUGACAGGCAGACCACAGUUUGUCCGUCUGGACCGUGUUCUGUCUGAUGUGGUGGUGAGUGGUACAGGGGCUCCACAGGGGACUGUGCUGUCUCCUUUCCUGUUCACCUUAUACACCACAGACCUCCAGUACAACUCAGAGUCAUGUCCCCUACAGAAGUUUUCUGAUGACUCUUGGGUGUAUAAGGGAUGGACAGGAGGUAGAGUACAGAGCGUUGGUGCGGCUCCCCAGCCCCUUUGCAUUCUGGGUGGUUGA